AUGCCGGAUCUCACUGAUAUUGAGUCGUCCACUAACGAGUCGGCAGCGGGAGAGGGUGGUAUGGCGCAAGGGGGUGCAGUGGUAGGACUGGUGGUGCGGGGGAGGGCGGCGAGAGCAGGAGCAGGAGCAGGAGCAUGGGAGAGCGUGGGAAGCAGGUGGAGUGGGUGGAACGAGGGGGAGAGUGUGAGGGAGAGUAUGAGGGAGAGUGUGGGGGAGAGCAGUAGGGAGGGGAGGAUGGGGCGUGGAGGAGGACAGGGAGGAGGAUGGAGAGAGGGCAAAGGAGCGCUAGGUGGUGAUAUAAAAGAGGGUUGGAGAGAGAACCGGGGGGACAGGAGGCAGCGAGGAGGGAGGACGGGGAUAGUGAAGGAGGGAGAUGAGGGGGAGGAAGAGGGAGAGGAUGGGAUGAAGGGAAGUGAGGAGGGAGAAAGGGGAAGAGAUGAGGGGUCGAUUGAUUGGCUGAGACUGAGUGUGGGCGUGGCGGGAUGCUCUAAGGAGUCUCAACACCAACACACGAUUGACUUUAUGGGAUCAUCGUGCAUCGACAUGAACGAGUCCGAGGAGGAUGGAUGCAUGCCACGUGGCGCACUGUUGGCCUCUCCACGUGGCACAGACUCAGCACGUCCACGUGGCACAGCGUCGGCCUCUCCACGUGGCGCAGCACUGGCCUGGCCUCAUGCCACGUGUCAGCAUGCUCUUGCUGGCAGCCCAGCAUCAAGCAGCGACCUCCGGGAGCUCGUGUCGCGGCAGCAGGGGCAGAUCGAGGAGCUUCGGUGGCUGUUAGGGCAGCAAAUGGAGGCGUGCCACGCACUGGCUGCUGCUCUUGUCUUACCCGUGCUGACUUGUGUUGUUCCCUUUGAAUUCCUGUCCGUUCACUCUCAGGAGCUGGUGGCUCGGCAGCAGGGGCAGAUCGAGGAGCUGCGGCGGCUGCUGGGGCAACAGAUGGAGUCGUGCCACGCACUGGCUGCUGCUCUGAGGCUGCAGCAGCAGGAGCGUCAGCAUUUGGGGAGGCAGGGGGAGCAAGGAUUGGGAGGUUUGAAAGAGACUCAGGAGGCAGAUCUAGAGGAAACAAAGCUUGGAGAAAGCAGGUCCGAGGAAGCAGAUGGGGCAGAAGGGGAAGAAGGGGCAGAGGAGGCGGGUGGUGAAAGAGAGAAGGAAGUACGGGAUAGUGGAGGAGGCGAGAGAGAGGGGGCACGGGAAUGGAGGGACCUGGAUUGGGAUGACGAGUUGAUGCAGCAGUCGGGGGAGCUGCGAGGAGAUAUUACAAGUCUGAAGGAUCAGCUUGCUCAAAGGGCAAACCGCAUUGCAUCACUCAAACAGUCGUGCUCAGCUCAACAUCACUCAAGCAGUUGCUCCUUCACACCAUGGCUCAGCUCAAGUCCCACUCUCCCUCCCGCUCUCCCUCCUGCUCUCCCUCCCGCUCUCCCUCCUGUUCUCCCUCUUGCUCUCCCUCCCGCUCUCCCUCCAGCUCUCCCUCCUAACCCAGAUCUCUUUCUGUGCCUAUCCUUCCCCUCUCCUCGUUCCCUCCAUGCAGCUUGUUCAAAGGGCAACCGCAUAGCAUCACCCAAGCAGUCGCUCCUUCACACCAUGGCUCAGCUCAAACGUCUCAAACAUCAGUCCAGCAGUCCCUUUGAUGGAGCUCCAGAUGAUGGCUCAGCUCAAGUCCCGCUCUCCCUCUCCCUCCUAACCCCUGCUCUCCCUCUGUUCCUAUUUUUCCCCUCCCUUUCGUCCCUUUACUUGUUUGUUCCCUCCAUGCAGCUUGCUCAAAGGGCCAACCGCAUAGCAGCACUCAAGCACUCUCUCCUUCACACCAUGGCGCAGCUCAAGUCCCGCUCUCCUUCCCCUGGACCUGCCUUUUCCCUCGCUUCCCUCCACUUCCCCUCCCUCCCCUUGCCCUCCCAACAACCCUCCUCUCGCCCAUCCCCAUCUCCUCAGCUCCCAUCCCUCCACUCGCCCUCUCGUCUCCCCUCUGCUCUUCGCCUGCAUUCUCCGUCUCCCAGGCAUUCCCCCGUGCUUCCAUUCCGCCCGGCCUCUCAUUCACGUAUCUCUCCCCUUCAUACGGUCGGUGCACAGUGCAGUGAUUGUUUAUAG